CUGAAUGCUCUUUCCAGUGCUGCUUACUUGAUUUUGAUGAUACUGUAUUUAUUUGCAACCCCAUAGAAACAUCGUUUGGAGAUCAUGGGAUGUGGUAGUUCCACAAAUGCCUACUACUUCCUGCGGAAAUCGGAAAAAGUGCAAACACUGCCAGAUGCAGCUCACCCAGCUUUCAAGGCCGCUGUCCUGAUCCAAAGAUGGUAUCGACGCUAUGUUGCCCGGCUAGAGAUGCGCCGAAGGUGCACGUGGAGAAUUUUCCAGUCCAUAGAGUACUCCUGUGAGCAGGAUCAGAUCAAGCUUCACAACUUCUUCAGCUACCUGAUGGACCACUUCACACCAAGCAGCAGCAAAGAGAGGGACUUCAUUAGCCGCAUGUUGACGGAGGAAGAAAGCUACAAAGACACAGAGCUGGAAAAACUCUGCGACUAUGAAUCUGUAGAGGUGCCAGAUUCCUACACUGGACCCCAUCUCUCCUUCCCACUGCUGCCUGAUCAUGCAACUGCCUUACUCGAAGCUUUCAAACAGAAACAACAGCUCCACGCUCAUUAUGUCUUAAAGCUCCUGCACGAGACCAGGAGACAUCUCAUGCAGCUGCCAAACAUCAAUCAUGUCUCCACCUGCUACAGCGAGGAGAUCACCAUCUGCGGAGACUUGCAUGGCCGGCUGGAUGACUUGUUUCUGAUAUUUUACAAGAACGGCCUUCCCUCCCCGGAGAAGUCCUAUGUGUUCAACGGGGAUUUUGUGGACCGAGGCAAACAGUCCGUUGAGAUCUUGAUCAUUCUCUUUGCCUUUCUCUUGGUGUACCCAAAGGAGGUUCAUCUGAACCGCGGAAACCACGAGGACCAUAUGGUCAACUUACGCUAUGGUUUCACCAAGGAGGUCAUGCAAAAAUAUAAGGUGCAUGGGAAGAAAAUUCUGAAGAUGCUCCAGAAUGUCUUUUGCUGGCUGCCACUGGCCACCUUAAUCGAUCAGAAAGUCCUGAUUGUACACGGCGGGGUGUCUGACAUGACUGACCUGGAGCUGCUGGCCAAAAUCCAAAGGCACAAGUUUGUUUCUGUGUUAAGGGGCAAAAAGAGAAAAGAGAAGAGUAGACACGUGGACUCCAAGGCGAUAAACGGCGAGAGCCCUGUGGGUGUCGAUCCUCCGAGGAGCAGUUCCUUCCCUGGCUCAUGCCUCCAGCCUGGGCUAGCGAGCACUGCUAGCACGGCCAGCAGGACAGAGCUCUCCCAGCGGGUCCGGCAGACGGUCCAAGAGGAGCUGGAGAAGUGCCGCCGGCAGGUGGGGUUCAGUGAGACUCUGGGAAGCAAGGAGCUCAGCUGUGUCAGCUCCGUCACCAUGACCGAGUCAGAGCUGGAGCCCUGUGAAACAAGCGAGUCUAGCCAAGAAGAGUGGAAGCAGAUUGUAGAUUUAUUGUGGAGUGACCCCAUGCCUCAGGAGGGCUGUAAAAUGAAUACGGUGCGAGGAGGCGGCUGCUACUUUGGGCCGGAUGUGACAGAGAACAUUCUCCAGAAGCACGGUCUGCAAUUCCUGAUCCGCUCUCAUGAGUGCAAGCAGGAAGGCUAUGAGUUCUGCCACAAUCGAAAGGUACUGACCAUAUUUUCUGCUUCAAACUAUUAUGAGAUUGGCAGUAACAGAGGAGCCUAUGUGAAGCUGGGGCCGGACCUGAUCCCUCAUUUUGUGCAGUAUCAAGCUAACAAGACAGCCCACACAUUAACUAUGAGACAAAGGAUCAGCAGAGUGGAGGAGUCAGCCUUCCGCGCGCUCAGGGAGAAGCUCUUUGCUCACACGUCGGACCUCAUCUGUGCAUUUAAGGGCUACGACCAGGAUGAGACCGGAACCAUCACACUGAGUGACUGGGCAACUGCGGUCGAGUCAGUCUUGCAUUUAGGACUGCCCUGGCGGAUGCUGAGGCCACAGCUGGUGUGCAGCACUGCCGGGGGCCUGCUGGAGUACAAAUCCUGGCUGGGUGACUUAGCGGUGGAACAACGGAGCAAAGAGCACAUACAGUCAAGCUUGCUAGAAACCAUUUAUCGAAACAGAUCCAACCUGGAGACCAUCUUCAGGAUCAUAGAUAGUGAUCAUUCAGGGCUCAUUUCAUUUGAGGAAUUCCACCAGACCUGGAAGCUGUUCAGCUCCCACAUGAACAUUGAGCUCACAGAUGAUGGCAUCAGUGACCUGGCCCGCAGCAUAGAUUUCAACAAGGAUGGAAACAUAGACUUCAACGAGUUCCUAGAGGCCUUCCGCCUCAUUGAACACACUCACUGUGACGAUAAAGCAGCAGAGCUCCUACCAAUCCCACCCAGAAGCGAUGGCUGUUAGCGGCUGCCCCAAUAGCUAAGCAACAGCCUGAAAUGCCACAUGCAAUGCCUUGUCUCCCAAGCUGCAGCAAUCCUUCACAAAUGAAAGGCAUGCCAGCAGCUCUGACAACUUGUGGGAAGGUAGAACUGAGUUGCAUUUUAGACAUCUCAGUGUUGGCAGCAGUUACUGCCCAUGUUCCAGUUUUUGGUAUGAUAACUGGCCAAAUAGGUAAGUUUACUGUAAAAGGAAAUGGAGGGAAUUUGGUGAUCAAGUAGAAAACCCCACUGUUGGAAUAAAUAUCUAACACUCUGCAAGGGUAUGGUGUAGCCUGUUACAGAAAUCUCAGUACAUGGGGGUAAACUAUUACAGGAGCAUUAAAAAGUUUGUGAAGUGGAAUCAUUAGGAAAUCUGCAGUAGCUGAAGUUGUUAAAGUAUCUAAUAAAGUACAAACCUAAAAAAAGGGUGCAGGAUCUGUUAUUUAAAGCCCAGAAGCAACCAUUAAUGAUGAGCUAAAGUCAGGUCAUUGUCUGAAGUUCUAACUUCUGCAUGAACCCUUUUUUUUAAAUUCAGCCUUGCUUUAAAGAUGUCAAGUGAUGGAGAAUCUGCCACAUCCCUAGGGUAAGACACUCCAGUUGUUAACCAUCUUGCUAAAAUGUGCCUUUUCUAGUCUGAACUGGUUUAGCUUUAGCUAGUGGAUCUCUUUCUGCUAGAGUAUCUAUUUUGUAAGUUUAACUUUUUCUAAGAGCUGCUAUAGAGGUUCAGGCAAUAGUGCUGAAGGGUCAAUCUAGUGCUGCAGCAGAAAGUGAAAAAACUUUCACAUAGCAAAAAAAUUUGAACAAUGUACUAUAAGUACUGUUGUUACAGUUUGAACAAGAUUCACCCAACCUUCACAAAUGUUGUACCUCAGUAGGAUUUGCAGAGAGUAAUGGUAUUUACCAA